AUGCCAGGAUGCGGGAAUAAAGAGCCGAAUUGCUCAAAAAAUAAUUGUGAUGUUGUACUGCAAUGUUGCGGAAAAUCGGCGACAUCGAAUUUAUUGCAACAAGUUGCGGCGAGCUGCUCUGGCGCAAUUGUCACAUCCUUAUUUAUGACUCCUCUCGACGUCGUCAAAAUUCGCCUACAACAGCAAACGCGGCCAUUUCCGAAGGGCGAAUGCUUCUUUUAUCAUAAUGGACUAAUGGAUGUAGUUUGUACGGCAUGCGAGGUGAAAAAACCGUGUGAAUGGUACCAAAGACCCGGAAAUUUUCAAGGAACUGCGGACGCUUUUGUGAAAAUCGCGAAACACGAGGGAAUCGGAUCGCUUUGGAGCGGACUUGCGCCAACCAUGGUGAUGGCGUUGCCGGCGACAGUCUUCUAUUUCACCACCUAUGACAAUUUGUCGCAGUAUUUAAAGAAAAAAAUGUGUUGUCGACGUACACUUCAACCGGAGAAAUGGACGCCGCCGGAUUGGUCGGCGGCCGCGUUUGCCGGAACAAUGGCGCGCACGAUUGCCGUUACGGUGGUCAGCCCGAUUGAAAUGGUCCGAACCAAGAUGCAAAGCCAACAGUUGACUUAUAAAGAAUUGGGUACUCUCAUCAAGACUUCGCUAGCUACAAAAGGAAUAUCGAGUUUUUACUUGGGAUGGUCGCCGACGAUGCUUCGAGAUAUCCCAUUUUCUGGUAUUUAUUGGGCUGGAUAUGAUUAUUUGAGAACGUCGAUGCUAAAAUAUCGACCGCAGAGUGCUGAAGACGCGCCGUUUUUGAUCUGCUUCUUGAGUGGAGCGAUAUCGGCGUGUGUUGCUUCACUUUUUACUCACCCGUUUGAUGUGAUCAAAACGAAUAGCCAGGUUCGAAUUGGCGGCGCUAAAGAGGAAAUGAACAAAUCGCUAUUGACAGUGGCUCGCGAAAUGUACAAGACGAGAGGAAUUUCGUCAUUUGCGGCAGGAUUGGCGCCGCGUCUUGUGAAAGUCUCGCCGGCCUGCGCUAUCAUGAUCAGCUUCUAUGAGUAUUUUAAGCAUGUUUUCCAGCAGAAUUCGCAAAAAUCGACAUGA